AUGGCCGUGCAUACGAAAAGCGGGAAUCGCACGAUAUUGUGUUAUGGUACACUGAUGGUGCCCCAGAUAGUCAAGAGUGUCCUCAAUCAGGAUAAUCUCUCCCAGCUGAGGAUAUCGAAUGCACUGCUGUUUGGCUACACGCGACACCACGUAAUCGGAGAAGACUAUCCCGCAAUCACCACAGACAGUGAAGCAAUACUCGAGAGAAGUCUCACGGAAGAAGAAUCCACAGUACGCGGAGCUCUUAUCGAAGGGCUUACAGAUGAGCAUAUCAGUCUAUUUGACCGCUUUGAAGGGUACGAGUAUGAUAGAGUGGCCACGAAAGCCUACAGGAUAACGCCAAAAGAGAUUUGCUCAGAAGAUUGGAAGCCUUCGACCGCCAAGGUGGCUGGAGAUGUCAUCGAUCAAGUCGAUUGCGAGGUUUACGUCUGGAGAGACGGGAGCGAGCGACUGGAAAAAACGCUGUGGACUUUUGACGCUUUUGUGAAAGAGAAACUGCACAAAUGGGUUAAGCUGGACUAUAUUACGUACAAUCCCGAUAACAACCCUGAUAAUACCCCCGAUAACAAUUCAACGAACUUUGCCUUCCUCCGAGAUGAUAAAAGGCUGGAUAGCAGCGAAUCAGGCUCGCGUGCACAGACACCAAAACCCAGAGCGUCAGAGUUUGGGAGAGACAGAAGGCAAGACUUCUUCUUUAGCGAUGACUAUGUAAAUCUGAAUCACGGUUCUUUUGGCGCUGUCCCCAAACCCGUAAUGCAAGCCUACAGGAAGAUACAAGAUAAAGUGGAGGCUAACCCGGACUUGUGGUAUGUUGAGGCGGAGUACGAGGCACCCCUCAACCAAGCACGGCGAAGAUUGUCUAAGCUGGUGAAUUGCGACGAUGAGGAUCUGGUGUUUGUACCGAAUGCCACACAUGGUGUCAGUGAAGUACUGGCAAACGUAAAAUUCAACCCGGAAGAUGAAAUCUUUGUGUUUAGUACGUCUUAUCCAAGCUGCGUAAAUGCCUGCCGAUCUGUUCUCGACAACAACCCCGGCCUGCGAAUGACAAUUAUACCUCUAUCGUUCCCAACUACACACGACGACAUUAUCGCAAGCUUUGAGACAACCCUGAUGGGCUCAGCCAGUCCCAAACUGGCGCUGAUAGAUGCGAUAAGCUCCAAACCCGGCUGCAGGCUGCCUUGGCAGCGACUAGUGGAUGUGUGUAGAAAAAACCAAGUACUCAGUUUGGUGGAUGCAGCACAGGAGAUCGGCCAUCAGGAUGUAGAUCUCAAAGAAGCACAGCCAGAUUUCUGGGUGUCAAACUGCCACAAAUGGCUAUACACGCAGCGUGGUUGUGGGGUGAUGUACGUCUCCAAAGAAAACCAGAAGCUGUUCAAGUCGAGUAUGCCGACAGGACCAUUUUACAACGCCCCAGAUGUGACGGGUAGUGGCAGAGGAUUCACAUUUGCAACAAUUCAUUCUUGGAGCGGUACGAUGGAUCUCACCGCUUAUCUCAGUGUAAACUGUGCAUUAGAUUAUCGGGAGCAAAUCGGAGGCGAGGCGCGCAUCAAUCAGUAUUGCAGCAGUCUGGCUAUCCAGUCUGGUAAAGCACUCGCUGAGUUGUGGGGCACUUGUCUACUUGAUAAUGACGCUUACGAACUCACUUCGAACAUGGUCAACGUACAGUUGCCGGUAGAUCUCUCACAGCUGGAUCCUCAUACUAAUAUGGCUGAUUUGGCCAAGUCGAUCCAACACCAACUUAUGCAUCCGUCUUGGUCGAGUAAGAAGUACUCUGUAUCUGUAUAUCAUCACGCAUUCUCCUUAUGGGCUAGGAUCUCCGCGCAGAUAUACGUAAGUUAUCAAGAUGUUGUGUUUGACUUCGGGUAUAAGGUUUUGGAUGUUUGUAGAAAUGUCUAG